GUUUCUAAACAUUUAACAUUUUCAGACUGACAAACAGCUUUUUAUUUCUUUCUUCUUUUUUUUUUUUAAUGUGACCUUCAAUCUAAAUUCUUGCAGGUCAGCACCAGUAAAGGUCACUGACUUUCUGUUUGUGUGUAAACUGCUGCGAGCCAAUGGGAGCAUGAGGGCCGCGGUAUCACAUACCCUCAUGCCUCUUGUCUCGUCUUCUCACGCAGCAGCCUAUAAAUACGAGCGACGGCUUCCCGGCUCCUUCUUAUUUUCUUUCAUUCUGCGCGAGGACCGAGGCGGCCGAGAUGGUUUCUCAGGGGAUUCAGAUCACGGGUUUGUUGAUGGCCGUGCUGGGCUGGCUCUUGGUGGUCGUGGUGUGCGCCUUGCCCACGUGGAAGGUCACGGCCUUCAUCGGCGCCAACAUCAUCACGGCCCAGAACAUCUGGCAGGGCAUGUGGAUGAACUGCGUGGUCCAGAGCACGGGCCAGAUGCAGUGCAAGGUGUACGACUCCGUGCUGGCUCUGCCGCAGGACCUGCAGGCCGCCCGCGCCAUGAUCAUCAUCUCCAUCAUCGUCGGGAUCUUUGGGAUCAUCCUGGCGAUCGCCGGCGGGAAAUGCACCAACUGCAUCGAGGACGAGCGAUCCAAGGCCAAGGCCAGCAUCGCGUCGGGGAUUCUGUUCAUCAUCUGCGGGCUGCUCUGCCUCAUCCCCGUCUCUUGGUCCGCCAACACCAUCGUCACCAACUUCUACAACCCGCUGCUGGUCGAAGCCCAGAGGUACGAGCUGGGCGGCUUCACCAUGGUGUCAAUGGUACGACAGAUCCUGGGCUUCGCCCUCGCCGUCGUCGGAUUUAUGGGGACCAUCUUGGUGUGCGACAUGCCAAUAUGGAAGACCACACUCUUCAUCGGAGCUGACGCUGUGGUAGCUCAGAUCAUCUGGGAAGGUCUGUGGGUGGUCUGCGUGGUGCAGAGCACAGGCCAGCUGCAGUGCAAAGAAUAUGCUUCUCCUGCUGCUCUGCCUCUGGACCUCCAGGCCGCCAGGGUUCUCGUGGUCAUUGCCAUCAUCGGGUCCGCUAUGGGGAUCCUGCUGGGCAUCGCUGGGGGAAAGUGCACCAACUUUGUGAAGGACCCAUCGUCCAAAGCCAAAGUGGCCCUCGCCGCUGGAAUUGUCUUCAUCGUAGCCGGUGUUCUGGUUCUCGUCCCCGCGUGCUGGUCUGCGUACACAAUCAUCAGGGAUUCAUACCCCCCCUCGACCAACACCCAGAGGAGGGAGCUGGGAGCUGCCCUCUACAUCGGUUGGGGCUCGGCAGCGCUUCAAAUCUUGGGUGGUGCCCUCUUCUGCAUCUCUUGCCCGCCUAAAGAGAGUCCUGAGCAUCCAGUGAAGUACACCGGUGCCCGGUCCACAGCCACCAGCACAUCACGCACAGUGCGUCGGAGGAGGAGACAACAACAAAAAGACUCAAAGCAGUCUUGAUGCAAACACCUGGUGUCACAUGAAUCUGAUUCACGCUGCCACAUUAAGUAUGGUUUGAAUGAUGUUACAGUGAUUUUACGGCUGACGGUUGAGUUACAGCAUUUCAAGAUUUGCUGCAUCAAGCUCAGGAGGAGAGAUGUGUGCCACUCCCAAAAAAACCUGUCAAUGUUUCCUGAGACAAAAAAAAAAAAAAAAAAGGUGUGAUGAGUAGGAGUAAAAAAGAUGGCGUGUACUUUCACCUGGAACAACAUUAACUUUGAUGCACUGUUUUUAGCUAACAAUUACAUUUUAAACCGUGUUUUAUGCUGGUCUGAAAAUGUAAAUAAAGUUUUUUUUUAUCAA